AUGCUGAAUAAUGACUUGUAUAUACUUCAUUUUAAUGAUGUUUACGAUAUUCAAGAAUAAGUCAAAGAUCCUGUUGGAGGUGCCUCUAGAUUUUUGUAUGUCCUCAAUUAAUUGUAAAAAAAUUUCAACACGCUUACUCUUUUUAGUGGUGACAUCUUUGCACCAUCUGCUUUAUCAAAUAUAUAUAGGGGUAUUAUAUUAUAAGUUCUAUUUUUUUAGGUGAUCAAAUGUUGUUUCCAAUUUAAUAAUUUAAAAUUGAUGUUGCAUGUCCAGGAAAUCAUGAUUUUGAUUAUACAUUAGAUCAUGUUGAAUCAUUAUUUUAAAGAUCAAAUAUACCAUGGGUUUUAUCAAAUGUCUUUAAUGCAGAAACCAAUUAAAACUUUGCUCAUACAUUACCCUAUUUUACAAAAUAAUGUACUAUUGGAAUUCAACCUAUAAAAAUUGGAUUUUUAGGAUUGGCUGAAGAAGAAUGGCUUGGUUAAAUAGUAGAAAUCCCUUAAAAUUUAAUUGCCUAUGAAGAUUAUUUACAUUGUGCAGAGAGAACUGUUAAAUAUUUAAGAGAAGAAGAAAAAUGUGUAUUGAUAAUAGGGUUAACUCAUAUGAGAGUUCCUAAUGAUCAUAAUUUGAUUCAUCAUCUUGUUGAAUAGAAAAUUGAUUUAGUUCUUGGAGGACAUGAUCAUAUGAUUUAUUGUGAAAAGAUUAAAUAAAGUCUAUUUAUGAAGAGUGGAACUAAUUUUAAGAAUUUAGGUAUCAUUAGAAUUAGUUUAAAUGAAAUUGUAAAUAAAGAUUUAAUCAAUAAUUUCAUUUAUGAUAAUUUAUCUAAUGAAAAAUAAAUCUUUGAAUUAUAAAGAGAUUUAACAUUGAAUUCAGAUCUACAUAUUUAAGUUUCCAUUAUAAAUAUUAUUAAUUCUAUACCAUAAAAUUAAGAUAUGAAAUAAUAUGUAGAUAUGAAAAUUGAAGAAUAUAAUAAUUGUAUGAAUAUUAAAUUAAUUAUUAAAUAGAAAAAUCAAAAGUUGUAUGCUAUGCUAAUUGUGAUUUAGAAUGUACUUUUCAUGAAGUUAGAAACAAAGAAACUAAUUUAGCUAAUCUCUAUGCAGAUAUCUUAAGAUAUGAAUUAGAUGCUGAAAUCUCUUUUUUUAAUAGUGGUACUCUUAGAGCUGAUGAUGUUGUACAUAAAGGAAUUAUUACUUAUAAAGAAUUAGAUAAGAUAUUCCCUAUGCCAGAUUAAAUAGUCAAAAUUAAUAUUAAUGGAUCAGACUUACUCAAAAUANAAUUAAUUAUUAAUUUUAAUUAUUGA